UGCAGCGCCUCGGGCUGAGAGACCGGGAGACCGGGACACGGAGCGGAGCGCGGGAGAGGCAUGUGCUCGUCUGGGAUACGGAGGAGAGCACGAGCCAGCGAGCCGCGGGUUACAGGGAAACGACUCCAGCCGUGAGCGCGCGCAGAGCUUUCUGAGAGGAGCGCGAGACCUCGAGACCACGAGAGCGCGCACACGAUGAGGAGCUGCGAGGAGGCGCCGCGCGCUUCCCCGGACUUCCCCGCGCUGUUCCUGCUGCUGCAGCUGAGCGCCACGGCCAGCGGAGCAGUGUCCAUGUUUGCCAGUAGAGAGGUGAUGGAGGGAUGCCCCCUCGGUCAGUUCCCCUGCGGGAAUAUGAGUGUGUGUCUGCCGCAGAUGCUCCAGUGUGACGGUCAACGAGACUGCAAGAACGGAGCGGACGAAGAGCAUUGUGGUGAUAACAGUGGAUGGGCUGAUAUAUUCGAUCGCACUAUUAUAAAGAAAUCUGAUCCAGAGGAUCUCACUGACGCCUGCUCUCUUCAGCAAUACCCAGAGAGCUGUGACUGCACAAAGACAGAAGUUCUGUGUGUGGGGGUGCACCUACGUGCCGUGCCUCUCCUGUCCUCCAACGUGACCUGGCUGUCCCUGAAGAGCAAUGAUUUGAGGGAGCUUCCUGAUCAUGUCUUCUCCAAGUACGCUGAUCUGCAGAGACUAUUUCUUCAGAACAACAGCAUCCACACAGUGUCCAGCCAUGCCUUCACUGGUUUAUUCAAGCUGAGAAAACUGUUCCUCAGCCAAAACUACAUUACAUCCUUAAAGCAUGGUGUUUUCAGAGAUCUCCACAAAUUGCAGUGGCUUGUCCUGGAUCACAACCCCCUGAGGAACAUCUCUCACGAUACUUUCUUCGGCCUCAAGUCUCUGACAUUCUUAUCCAUGGUCAACACGUCCCUGAUGCAGCUAUCCAAACUUAGCAUCUGCCACUACAUGCCUCUGCUCAGCUGGCUGGAUUUUGCAGAGAACCGCAUUGAAGUGCUGAACUACUCUGCGCUGAUGACGUGCGAUGGGCUAACAGUACUGUCGUUACAUGACAAUAAAAUCGAGACUCUUCCAGAAAACACGUUCCAGUCUCUCAUAUCUCUGGCAGAGCUGGAUCUGUCUUGUAACAUGAUUGCUGACCUACCGAGCAACAUUUUCCGGAGCCUGAAGUCACUGCUGAAAUUGAAUAUAUCUCACAACACUUUGCUUCACAUCCACGCCGGUCACUUUGAUUACUUGGCUCAGCUGGAGUCUCUAGUACUGGAGGGAAUUGAAAUUCCAGAUAUCCAAACCAAAAUGUUCCUCCCAAUGCGCAAUCUCUCUCACAUAUAUUUUAAAGAUUUUCAGUACUGCUCCUAUGCGCCCCACGUCCGAAAGUGCAAGCCCAACACGGAUGGGAUCUCAUCGUUCGAGGACCUGCUGGCCAACAUGGUGCUGAGGGUAUCGGUGUGGGUCAUGGCCUUCAUCACCUGCUUCGGAAACCUCUUCGUCAUUGGAAUGCGGUCGUGUAUCCGAGCGGAGAACAGCCUCCAUGCAGCGUGCAUCAAAGUCCUGUGCUGUGCAGACUGCCUGAUGGGGGUCUACCUGUUCUUUCUGGGAGUGUUUGAUGUGAAGUUUCGUGGCGAGUACAACAGGAAUGCGCUGCUCUGGAUGGAGAGCGUGGAGUGCCGCACCAUCGGCUUCCUGGCCAUGCUGUCCUCUGAGGUGUCCGUGCUCCUGCUUGCAUAUCUAACCCUGGAAAAGUUCCUGGUCAUCGUGUUCCCCUUCAGCUACCUGCGGCCGGGGAAGCUGCAGACCGGCCUGGUGCUCGUCUCCAUCUGGCUGCUGGGAUUUCUUAUAGCCGCUGUGCCUUUGCUCAGUGACGACCUGUUCGGCAACUACUACGGUCGGAAUGGAGUGUGCUUCCCUCUGCACUCAGACAGGCUGGAGAAGCCCACCGCUAAAGGAUACUCCACUGGAAUAUUCCUAGGGCUGAACCUGCUGGCGUUUCUGGUCAUCGUGUUCUGCUACUCCAGUAUGUUCUACUCCAUCUACAAGACAGGCGUUAACACAGACCUGCGCAGCCGCCUGCACAAAGACGUGGCUGUGGCCAAUCGCUUCUUCUUUAUCGUGUUCUCUGAUGCCCUCUGCUGGAUUCCAAUCUUCCUGGUUAAAAUCCUCUCUCUCUUAGAGGUGGAAAUACCAGGGACCAUAAACUCCUGGGUUGUGAUCUUUGUCCUGCCCAUCAACAGUGCCCUCAACCCCAUCCUCUAUACGCUGACCACCAGCUUCUUCAGGGAGCAGGUGGAGCUGUUGCUGUGCCGCUGGCAGCGCAGCUCUUCCAUAAUAAGAGACCGCAAGAGCCUCACCAGCACUACCGUCUACAUGGAGGGUUCCAAACACACCUUCUACCACUCCAAGGUCUUCCUACCCCGGCUAUCCGUGCCAGACAUGGACCCUAGGUACGGGUGAUGAGGUGGGGUGGAGGUCGCAGCGGCCUUCUUGUCAUUAGCGUCCAUCAGCAUCCCGGGGACGGCGGCGGCUGUAUUGCGGAAUACAGCAGGAGAAGGUUGGGCUGUGCUUCUCGGCCCACAAUGCAGGUCCUUCAGCAGCGUAGCUCUAGAUUCUUCUUCUUCAAUCUCAGCAGGAUGAGUGCGUCAGAUAACGACCGCUCAUCCCUUCAGCCUCCAUAAACACAUCACACAAACACACCUGCUGGACCAUAGAAAGAAGACUCGAGCUUUCCAGGUGAAGGCUGUAGGCACAAUGGAGGUGAGACUGUUUGGAAGAGUCUGUUAAAACAAAAGCUUGCAAACACAGAAGAAUCAAGUGGGUGGAUGUCCUUCAUCAUGUAGAGGCCUACUCCAGUUCCAAAUACGGGGCUGUACUGGGUGGCCUCCUGACCAUGGUCUAAACUACACCGGUCUGGAUCAUGAAGACGCGGAUGGUUUAAUGCAGCAGAAUCAUGAGACACAUGAGGAAAUUAUCAGGAAAUCACGUGGAAAUGAUGGUAUUUUGGAAACUCAGAAACAGAAAUCUUGGAUAAAAAAAGAAAUCUACAAGCUUAUUAAAUCUUUUUUUUUUACCUGCAAGCAAAAACUUGUUUUAAAAAUGUUUAUUUCAUAACGAUUGAUUUUAUUUUUUACUCAUGCAUUAUUUAUGCGUUGGACUCUUGAAUACAUUUUUGAUAGAUCAACAAUCUGGAAUGUACUGUACAGUUAAUGAAUGUAAAUCAUUUUAAAGUUGUUGUAAAGUGAGAGAGAGAGAGAGAGAGAGAGAGAGAGAGAGAAAGAGAGAGAGAGAGAGAGAUUCAGAGAUACAGAGAGAGAGAGAGAUUCAGAGAUACAGAGAGAGAGAGAGAUUCAGAGAUACAGAGAGAGAGAGAGAGAGAGAUUCAGAGAUACAGAGAGAGAGAGAGAGAUUCAGAGAUACAGAAAGAGAGAGAGAUUCAGAGAUACACAGAGAGAGAGAGAGAGAGAGAGAUUCAGAGAUACAGAGAGAGAGAGAGAGAUUCAGAGAUACAGAAAGAGAGAGAGAUUCAGAGAUACACAGAGAGAGAGAGAGAGAGAGAGAUUCAGAGAUACAGAGAGAGAGAGAGAGAGAGAGAGAGAGAGAGAGAUUCAGAGAUACAGAGAGAGAGAGAGAGAGAGAGAUUCAGAGAUACAGAGAGAGAGAGAGAGAGAGAGAGAGAGAGAGAGAUUCAGAGAUACAGAGAGAGAGAGAGAGAUUCAGAGAUACAGAGAGAGAGAGAGAGAGAGAGAGAGAGAGAGAUUCAGAGAUACAGAGAGAGAGAGAGAGAUUCAGAGAUACAGAGAGAGAGAGAGAGAUUCAGAGAUACAGAGAGAGAGAGAGAGUAUAGUGAUUUCUGGCUUGUAGUGUGAAAAAAAAGUAUUUAUUUGAAUAUCUCACGAAAAAAGUAAAAUGAACUGAACUGGAACUAGUUCAGAAUUAAAAUUGUGAACUGGCACAACACUAUAUAUAUAUAUAUAUAUAGCUGACUUCCUAUACAUGAACAAGAGCUAGUGUGCACAGUACAUUGUGCAAAGGUUUUAAGCACCUAAGCAAAUCACUUACAACUAUUCGUCUCAUAUUAGAAUAAUAAAAUAGUUUGUUUUCCUUGUUCCUUAUUCCGUGUUUUUCUCUGUUUGUUUCUAGUUCCCUGUUUAAUUUCCCUUGUUUCCUCCCUUGCCCUGUAGAGUUUUUUUAUCCUUUGUCUAGUUUAGCUCCUUGUUGUUUUCCCUUGUAUAUAUUUCCCUGCCCUGUUUAGUUUGUUUAUUUUAGUAGUAUCUCUUGUUUGUUUUGGUUAUUGAUUUAUUUGUUUAUUUGUUUACCUUUGUUAUUUAUUUAAUAAAUAUUCUUCCCUUACCUGCACUUACGUCCGAAUCCUCGUCUCCCUGCUUGGGUCAUCCUGACAACCUGUUAUUUUUGCGCCCCCCACUUUUGACAUUGAUAUGACGCCAUACACUAGUGAGUAAAUUCAGAAGAAACACAGUGAUUUUGUGAGCACGUGUGCCCAGAGCGGUGGGCAUCCUUUGCUGCAGUGACUGGGGAGCAGUGUAGGAUAGGGACCUUGCUUAAGGUCCCAACGACAGCAGCCCACCCAACCCGAGUAUAAACCCCCCAGAGGUGGAAAAAGUACUGAAAAAUCAUAAUUUAGUAAAUGUAUCUUUACUUUGCUAAAAUUCGACUCAAGUAAAAGUAAAAGUACGCAUUUAAAAAUCUACUCGAGUAAAAGUAAAAAAAAGUACUCAAUUUAACAUUUACUUUGAGUAAAAGUUACAUAGUUACUUUUUAAGUUAAUUUUUUGAUGUAAAAAAGUAAAAACAAAUCUUAAAUUAAAUAAUUAUUAAAUUAAAUUAUUU